GAGCGACAAGAGUUCCAAGGGAAGCUGGGAUGCGCCCAUCGUGGACGUGCUCGACCGGCUGAAUGUGGAGGAGGAGUACUGCACGCUUAGCUCUUGCAGCGGCCGAGCAUACCUUUGGCGCUGGCAGCCAGAGGAGCUUGAAGGUAUGCAAGAGGAGACUGAGAUGGAGCAAGCCACCUUUCAAACCUACUGGCCAAGCAAGAAGAGGAGUGCCCACGCCUACUCCCAAACCUGGCGAUUCCACGUCUGCCAUCGCUUUGGCGAUCUGGAUCUCCCCAGUCUGAGUCGCCUUGAAGACGCUUGGCGCGUGCAUUCCGACAUCGAGGCUGACGCUUCCGAGAGCGAAGCGCUGCCGGACGGAGGGAUGCUCGGGGCCGAAGAUGCUGCCGAAGGCGCAACGGAUACAGAGGCCGUCGUAGCACCGAAUGUGAUAUGGCUGAAGUACGAGCCUUUGGUCUGCCAUGUCGCCUGCAGGAGCUGGUUGGGGGCUACCAGGCUGAUCGAGCUGAGCCGCCCAGCAUUUCCGCGCAGCUCCCUGCUGUCAUGGAAGAAACGCUUCGUGGUGCAGGUGAUCGGAGAAGAUCAUCUUGACAUGCCCGUGGCAGAAGUCCUUAGCGAUGGGGCCCUGUCCUGGUUUGGCGGCCCGCGACUUCGGCAGUUCCUCCAGGAGACCAUCUUGCAGCAGAAGUUUGCCAAGAAUCUCUCCCGGACAGAGCUCUGGCGCCAUUCACUGCUGGAUGGACUGCGAUGA